AUGUUGGUAUCGCAUUGUAGGUGAGUGUAGCAGGAGGAAAAGGUAGGAGGAGGUGAGCUGAGACAUGGAUGGUGAGUGGAAGAGUGUAGCAGUGGCUCUGCUCUGUUCUGCUGGUGUCAGUGUUUUGCUGCUGAAAUGGAGAGAACAACAGAAGGUGAAGAGGAAACUGCAGAGAGCCAGAGAGAAGAGAGAGAAGGAGGUCGGACAGGCAGAGAAAGCUGUCAACCGCUUUAAGACUCAGAACGCUGGUGUUGAUUUGAGCUCCAUUGUGACUCUCCCACUGGCUGAACUGAGUCAGAAGAUCAGAGGAGGAUCUCUACGACCUGACACUGUGCUCCAUGCCUACAUAGAGAAGGCCAUAGAGGUGCACAAGAAAUUAAACUGUGGCACUGCUGUCCUCACAGAGAGUCUGAAACAACUGGAAGACAUCGAGUCACACAAAGAUGGCCUUCUUUAUGGCAUUCCCAUCAGCAUCAAGGACAACGUGGAUUAUGAGGGCUACGACUCUACCUGUGGUGUACUGACUAAGCUUGAUGAUCCUGUCAUUAAGGACAGUGUGGUGGUUUCGGUGCUGAAGAAACAGGGUGCAAUCCCCUUCAUCAAAACUAACAUCCCUCAGGGUCUCCUCAAUUAUGAAUGCAGUAACCCCAUAUACGGGAGGACGGUGAACCCCUGCAACCUGCAGAAGACCUGUGGAGGCUCUUCAGGUGGCGAGGCUGCUCUGAUCGCUGGAGGAGGAUCUAUUCUGGGGCUGGGAACCGACAUCGGAGGAAGCAUCCGCAUCCCAGCAGCCUUCUGUGGCAUCUACGGCUUAAAACCCACAAACAACAGGAUAAGCCUGCGUGGACUCUCUUCAUGUGUAAAAGGUGGAAAGACAGCUCUGUCAGCUGUUGGUCCCAUGGCCCGUGACGUGGAGAGUCUGGCUCUGUGUAUGAGAGCUUUACUUUGCACCGACAUGUUCACUCUGGACCCUACGGUUCCUCCGAUACCGUUCAACCAGCAGGUAUACGAGAGCUCGGAGCCCCUGAGGAUCGGUUACUAUGAGAACGACGGGUACUUUCAGCCGUCUCCGAGCAUGAGCAGAGCUCUACGAGAGACCAGAGAGCUCCUGGAACAAGCAGGGCACACGCUAAUUCCAUUCAAACCUCUUCACAUGUUCACUGCCUUCAACGAGUAUGUUGGGAGGGGAAACCUGGCAGAUGGAGGCGCUACUCUUUUAGAGCACCUUAAGCCUGGUCCUGUCGAUCCGUGUCUACAGCAUCAGGCUUCACACUACGGUCUUCCAGUGUUUAUGAAGAGGAUGAUCUCUCUGCUCCUUAGACCUGUUUAUCCACGCAUUGCUGCACUUAUGAACGCGACUUGUGGAGUCAGCUCUCCAGCCGAUCUGUGGAAACAGCACAAAGCAGUUGAGGGUUAUAUCCAGGAGACGUUGGCUCAGUGGGAGAAGCUGGAGCUGGAUGUUCUGCUCUGCCCCAUGCUGGGACCAGCUUAUAACUUCAACUACACCGGAAAACUAAGCAGUGCUCUGAGUUACACCGCACUGUACAACGUGCUCAAUUUCCCCGUCGGAGUCGUUCCUGUCACCCAGGUCACAGCCGAGGAUGAAGAUCAGAUGAAGCACUACACAGGGAACUAUGGAGACAUUUGUGACAAGACAUUUGUCAAGGCCAUACGAGGCGGCGUGGGUCUUCCGGUAGCAGUGCAGUGUGUGGCUCGGCCCUGGCAGGAAGAGAUGUGUUUACGCCUUAUGAGAGAAGUGGAAAAGCUCUGUGUUAAGAACAAGCACUCAAAAACACUCCACUAAACACACACACACGCACACACACAGACACACACACAUUCUAGUCUAUAAUCUGAAGUUGAUAUGCAUCACACUGAUUAACACUUUAAAUCACUUUCCUCAGAACACAGUUAAUUUUACUCCCUAUUCAGACCGGAUAUGGGCGUGGCCUAUGGUUUGAAGGCGGAGUUUCUGUUAGCAGUUCAGAUGAUGUUAAAAUUCUGAUUUGAAUUGAUUAUGAUUACGUUUUGAAACAGACGUAUUGUAUUUUAAUGGUUAAAUGGUGUUACUGGGAUUAAAGUACUCUAAACCGAC